AUGUAUGGAAAUGAUAACCUAUCAAGAGAGAUGUAUGAGCAAGUAGAUGCUAACAAAGGCGGGGAUUAUCGGGGAAAAUAUGUUCCAGUUCUGUUUGAUAUUGAUAUUCAUGGCUUAUUUCGAUUGAAAUCAAAACAACAGAAAGGUGGAGGCCUAAAAGACCAGUAUGUUUACAUCCACGAGUGCCUGAAAGCGUUCAUUACAACUGAUGAAGAGGAAGAAGACCAUGAUGAAGAACGUGAAUGCCAAACUGGAAGCGGAAGCGGAAACAACUGGAUGCAAUAUGCAUCAGCAUUUAUGAACACGCCAAUAAAUAGUGGCGCCAACAUGCCUUCGAGCGGAACUGGUCAAGGCGCCAAUCCAACAUUUGCCAGUACAAUCUCAAAAAUGGUACAGGAAAUGACACAAGCUUUUGGAGGAGGACGCGGUGGUAAUGCUGGUGGCAGAGGCGGAGCCAGUGGAAUGCAAGGAAUGUGGGGCAUGGGCGGUUCAGGGGACGCACCGGAAGCAGGCAGUUCUGGUAGCAUGGGAGGCAUGAUGGGAAACAUGAUGGGCGGUUCCGGCGGAGGAAUGGGAAAUAUGAUGGGUGGUUUUGGUGGUGGUAUGGGAAACAUGAUGCAAGGCAUGAUGGGAGGGGAAGGUAUGGGAGGAAUGAUGGGAAAUAUGGCAGGCGGAUUUAGUUCGAUGGGAGGAUUUUGA